AUGCUUCCAGAUCGACUGCGCGCGACUGGCGCCACUGCGACUGGCCGUUGGCGCGUCCUGCAUCGGCAGCUGCAGCCGUGCGCCGUGAGCGAGGAUCCUUCGGGCGUUCGAGAGGUCUUGGAGAAGUACAUUGCUGGCACAGAAGCUUGCGACGUAAAGGUGCUGAAAGAGAUCUUCCAUGAGAAAGCUGUGAUGUGUGGCCUUCUCAACGGGAAAGAAGUGGCUGGCGAUGUGGAGCCCUUCUUUCGCCAGAUGGAGCAGCAGAAGGAGUCGCAUCAGUCCAGAGGUUGGAAGUACACAGCAGAAAUCAUGUCGAUCGAGAUCUUUGGGGAUGUUGCGACAGCGAGGAUUUCAGAGUCAGGUUAUAUGGGCAGACUGAACUUUCAUGAUGCCUUCCACUUGAUGAAGACCGGAGGGUGUCUUGUCUCGAACUCCGUCGGCACAGACUUGGCUGAGGUUACUCGCAACGGCUCGGGUAGCGACCACGAGAGGCCACCCCAGUUGCCCCGAGAGGAACCCUCGGCUCCGUUGCUGGCCCUGCUUCCGCCGCCCAGCGACGCCGACGCGGCGGAUCCCGUGACACGUUCGGCGGAUCCGGCGCCGCCCACGUUGAAGCUCUCCCUCCACGUGAAGGUCACGGACGGGCUUUGCGAGCGCCUGUUGGAGCGCGGCAGCGGUCUUCCAGCCGAGGUGACCAAGCUUCUGACGACGACGCAAGACGACCAGGCGGCUGCCCGGGUGGAGCUCUAUGCCGGAGAGAGGCCCUUCUGCGAAGGGAAUCGCUUCUUGGGCAUGAUGGAGUUGGCACCUCUACCGAUCCCCUCUUAUCGAUCCUUCGUUCAACUGGAGCUCUCACUUCGAGUGGACGAGGGCGGUGCAAUUUCAGCCCGGGCCGCCGAAGUGGAACGCCGAGCCUUGGGAGAGCCCUUCUGUGAAGCGGAAUGGCAGGGGGAAGCGACCGCUCUGGUUGGCGCACCACCUCCGGCGAAUCCUUACAGCGAGGUCACGCCCUUCUCCUUCGCCUUGACGAAACACCUUCCAGUUCUCCUGCCCACGCGCACGGUGCGCCUGAACGGCCGCGACGUGGUGAUCCGGCAGCACCAGCGGCGGGAGGAGGAGCGGAUCGGCACCGGUGGCGUCCUGUGGGAGGCUGCAAUCGUUCUGGCGGAUUACGUGGCGCGGAAUGCUCAGCGACACUCCUGGCGUGGGAAGAAGGUCUUAGAGCUGGGCGCGGGCACCGGACUGGUGGCCAUCGCUUUGGCCCUGGAAGGUGCUCUCGUCUGCGCGACGGAUGGAAAUCCUCGAGUCUUAGAGGGGGCGAAUGUGAACGUCCAGGGAGCGCUGGGCCAGUCGUCCUCCAUGGUUUCGUUGGAGGUCUUUGAUUGGAAUUCUGCUAACGACUUGGCCCAGUUCCGAGCGAAAGGUCCUUGGGACGUGAUUUUGGGCAGUGACUUGGUCUAUCCGGGCAAUGCAGGCAAGAAAUGUGUGGAUUCCAAUGCCUUGGCACCACCAGCAGAUGAAACCUUGAUUGGCCUCCUGGAUGCUCUGUCUGAUCCCAAGACAGAAAUCAUUUUGGCUUUGAAAGACCGAACGGGGGAGCUGGAGCGCUUUCAUCGGCGGAUCUCCCAAGAAGGUUGGUCCAUGCAGCGUGCGGCGCAGGAAUCCAUCAUGCCGGAGUUUCGUGACCGGCCCUUCGUUGGCUCUGUGGUGUGCGCGGUGAGGGGGGAAACCUAUGCAGAGCGAGGAAAAGGUGCUGGGGCCUUCAGCCUUCGGGGCCUUCGCUUCUUCCCCCGUUUGCUGCUGCUUCGCGCCGUGCGUCGGUCAGCACGGCCAGACCGGCCGCCCACCGGCUACGUCCGCACCAAUAAGGCCAUUGUGGCCGCGCGGUCGAGCGAGGCGUUGCGUGAGGUGUUGAAGAGCCUGGAGAAGGAUCAAAGGCCGCUGAAUGGCGUGAACUUGGCCACGAUCUUCUUCAAAGCAGCCAAGCAUCCAGAAGAGGUCUAUUCUCCUUCGACCUUGGGCUUCCUCGCGAAGACUUUAGCUUGUGACGCGGUGAAGCUGGAUGCACGCCAGUGUGCGAGUUGCUUGUAUGGCUUGCAGAAGCUGACGCCCAGCGAUCCUCACGUCCUUCAGUUGGUGGAUGCCUUGGCGACGAAGAUUCGGAAGAACCUGGAGAUCAAAGACCAGCUGAAUGCACAAGCUGUGAGCAAUAUGCUGUAUGGCUUGCAGGGACUUUCGACGAACUUCCAGGAAGUGCGCCGCUUGCUGGUGGCCUUGGCCACGGUCUGCUCAAGGAAGCAGCGACUGUCUGCUCAAGGCACUGUGAAGGAUGAAACAGCCAAAUCGGGUGUUGGGAACGCUCUUUAUGGCCUGCAAGGGAUGAAGAGCGACGUAUCAGAGCUUCAAGAGCUCUUGGUGGUUCUGAAGCCUCUGAUCCAAAAUGCGGCUGGCUUGGAUGGCCAAGCCAUUGGAAACGCGCUCUAUGGUCUUCAAAGCAUGACCAGCAGCUGCCGGGAGGUUCAAGAACUCUUACAAGCUUUGGCACAGAAAGUGAAGCAUUUUGAUGGAACGCUCACGGAACAGGAGACCAGCAAUGCACUCUACGGGCUGCAAUUCAUGAAUGGCGACGAAGCGCCCAGCGUCAAGGAGAUUCUCCAAGUGCUUUCUCGCCAGACGGGUCCUGGGGGACAAGCGUCCAUUGGAAGAGCGUUUCGCAGCGGAAAGCGACUCAGCCGCCAUCCGGUGAAUCCACUUGAAACAUCAAGAGCAGCACUACCAGCUGAUUGGUUGAAAGCAGCCUUUGGUUCGGAUUCGACUGGAAAGGCUUCACCCGGAUCGUGCUAUUUCCUUGACCUUGGUUGUGACAUGGGCGGCUUUGCCCGUGCAGUGGCUCAGGCGCGUCCAGAUUUGCGUGUCAUCGGUCUGGAGCUCCGGCACAAUGCCGUGGCCUUUGCCAACGCCCGCGCGCGCGCGGAGGGACUGGCGAACGUGGCCUUCCUGGAAAGCAACGCUGCGCAGGACCUAGGGCAGCUGCUGGUGGAUCUCCGAAAAGCCCAGGGCCACGUAGCGACGGUCAGCAUGAACUUCCCAGAUCCCCACUUGGACCGAGUGGAACACCGAGAAAGACGCUUGGUGAGUGGGAAGCUGGUGGCAUGGCUGGCUGAACAUUUGGAACCCAAGCGUGGGGAGGUGCUGUUUCAAUCGGAUGUAGAGCUGUUGACUGCUGAGGCGAAGGCGGCCUUCUCUUUCAGCCAGUGCUUCGAGGUUUUAGCUUGGGAAGAGCGUGCAGAGUUGGUUCCCACAGAGCGGGAAACGGUGGUGCUGAAGCGAGGUCUGGAAGUGCACAAAGUGAGGCUCUUGAGAAGCAGUCAGCCUUUGCCAGAGGGGCUGGAAGCUGAUGUGAAUCGGAACUACUUGCAGAAUACCUUGCUUGAAGUGGUCCUUGAUCGUCGCUUUCGCCGAACGGGCCCCGCCCCGCCCCGCGCCAAGCUCCGGUCCGAACGGGUUUGCGAAGUGCUUCCGGUGCAUGCGCCGCAGAACGACCUCUCCAGCGAGUCCAAGCCGCGGCAGCCUGGGGGCCGAGUCCAAGCCGGGGUUCGCACUCGCUGUCGCUGCGAGUUUUUCGUGAACGCAGCGAGUGCCACGUGGCACGGAGGGAUCAUGUUGGUUCAGGUAUCCGCGGCCCAACUUCUGUUGGGAAGCCUACAAGCAGGGGCGCCCCGGGAGAGUGCGCCCGGUGAAUCGGACGGUGCGCGGAUCGUCCGCGGAGUGGCCAAGUGCUGCCGCCUGCUUGGACAUGCAGACCUCUUCAUGUCAGGGGGGUUGAAAUAG